AUGGAGGAUAUAGACGACGUCUUUCGUUUCUUGGACUCCCCCGAGGGAAAAGAGCUUUGUGAAGUUCUCUCCUCCUUGCUCUCGUCUGAUGAAGAACUGCCUCCACCGCCGGAGUCCACGCUCCAAGGAGACAACGUUGCUGGUAGCGGCAAUGUUGUCUCCAGAGUGCCUAUCACUGUAGCAUGGAUGCCAUUCUCCGGGGCCGACUGCAGUCGUUGCCAUAUUCUUAGAGACGUCGUUCAUGCAGGGAGUCAUCCUAGAAAGAAACAGCGUUCCACUGUUCCCAGAAAUAUCAGUAGGGCGAAUAUCUAUGCAAAUGUGACUGAGUUUGCUGUUAGAUCUAAUUUAAACGCUUCGACAAACUGAUCCAUGGAGUUUUAGAUGAUUUCUUCAUGCUAUAGAUCGGGCUUUUAGGGUUUCUCCACUGAUCUGUGACCCAUCUUUCCUAUGUGGGGUUUUCUAACGCUGUUCUCUCUCUCUCUCUCUCUCUCUCUCUCUCUCUCUCUAUCUAUCUAUCUAUCUCUCUCGCCAUCUCGAAAAUGGUUUACACCGGUCUGCAGUUCGUGUUUCUAAUGAUUUCCUCGUAAUGUUGCUUAUUUUCAACUAGUUAUCAAGAUCCUUCUCUCUCUCUCUCUCAUCUAGUUGACUCAGGUCUUGCUUGGAUGAGUUUUAUCUGGAUAGUCUAGGGUUUUUUGUUUUCGUCUAAACAUACUACGAACGAUAGAUUUCUCUCUACUUAUCCCUGUCGUCUACUUAACCUGGGGUCAAGAGUUUGAAGGUUUCCUGUGGUUUGUUUAUGGUUUUCUGCCAGUGUUGUUGGAGAUCCGUUUCCGUAUUCUCCCUCUCGGCUGGCUGGCUUCAGUGUAGCAUGCAAGGUUCUUCACUUUUAUUCCGUUUAUUCACGUUCACAUAGACCGAUCUCUCUAUAUUUGUCCUUAGCAGGUGGUUUUCUCACAUCCACCAUUCAAGGUUUUAUUUCGGUUCACUCUAUAUUCAGUUUUUUGUUGUUGUUUAAACAUGUUAUCGAAGAUCAAUCCAUCUCCUUUUUGUCCCUCUCAAGUGAUUCGUCGGAGCUAGGGUUUCAAGAGUUCUUCACUUCCACUUAAUGUUGGCAUUGAAGAUCCUCUUCUCUCUCUUGACUGAUUUACUCACAUUUGGCGAUCAGAGAAUAUUGGAUUGUUGAUAUUUUCAAUUCUCGUUUAAUUGUAUUUUUUUUGGUCCAUCACCAUCUCUCUUUAUUUUUAUAUGCUGGGUUUGGUGUUCGUCAUUUUUUGUUAUGCUGCGAAUAGUUUUGCAUUCUUGGUUAAUCUAUCACUGACGAUUGGUAUGUCUCCAUUUCCGUCAACACAUUCACUCGUAUCUGACACAUCUGAUGAUAUUGUCUACUUAGGAUUUUUGUUUCAGUUUUCAACAAGCUAUCAUAUCUCUCUCUUUCUCUCUCCCUCUCACUCCUUGUGAGUAGUUCUAUCUCUUUUUCUUUAUGUCAAUAUCUACAUGGUUUACGAGGCCCAUAGAUUCAAAGAUUCUCCUUCAUUUUCUUUUUGUUUACUCUUGGUGUCAAAAGAGUAGCUAAAGAUCUCUUUCUCUCUCUUUCCCCCCAACUAAAUUUCUCUAUUUUCUUCCCAGUUUUUUCUCCCUUGUACUCAUCAUGUAAUUGAUCUCUUUUUCUCCCUCCCUCACUCCCUCUAUCUCUCUUCCCUCUCCCCCUUCCCUAUUAUCUCAGCUUGAGGAUUUUAAGGAACUUUUCUGAUUUAACAAUCCAGAUGGUGUCUUACUUCAACAAGUGUUUGAAGAUCCAAUGAUUCUAUUACUUCCUUUUUGAUUGCAGGGCGCACCAGCAUGAAGCUUUCCCUCCAUGGAUUCUUGGGUGGUGUUCAUCAUGCUAUACUUAUCAUUCAACAUAUAGCAGACCAUGUUGUCGAGCAUAAGUAUAUUGCUGAGUGAGUAUUCUCUCAAUGAUUGUGGGGAAACUCUAAAAAUAGGAUUGUCAUUCUUUCUAGGGUUGGGACUAAGUUUCAGUACUAAAACUUAAUUGUAUGAGAUUAAUUAAAAAUCUAGUGAGAUUCAUCAUAGGCGUAAAUACACAAUUAGUGAAAUCAUGAAAAAUAUUAAAAAUGUCUAUUUAGUGAGUCUAAAUAAUAGUUUAGGGUUAGUUAUUAUCAUGUUGCAUUACAAUGAAAAGUAGCUUGUUAAUCAGAUUCAAAUGAUGGCGACUUGCUUAUUAGUUUUUCAUAAUUAUUUUAACACUAUAUCAACGUUCUCAUACAUGUUAACACUAUGUUAACUUUAUCUCAUACGAGAGAGAACAUUCUCAUAGCCCAACAUUGUUACUAGAACAAGUUGACCGAAACUUAAUUUUUGUAGUCUAGAUUAGCUCCAAUUCCUUGUACAUGUAUGUAUAUACAUGUGUCUUUUUUACUAUUGAUCACUAGAUGCUAAAUCAUUAUAUAUGUCACCAAGUCAUGAUAUUCCUACUUGAAAAUUUUCCUAUCAAAUCAUCAUCCCUCUCUCAUAUCAUUCAUUGAGUUGUCUGAUUUUUUCAAGCAUGAUUUCUUUAGGUUCUUAAAUUAAAGUACUAGAAGCCACCAGAUUUUGGUUGCUCCUUGUUUGUGUGAGAUCCUAUAUUCAGAUAAAUAUCGAUUUUAUAAGGGAUAAAAUAGUUAUUACAUUCUGUCUUGGUCAUAAUGAGUCAUGGAUACCAUGAUGCUUAGUUUAGUUCUUGAGAAUUGACCAUGGCGACUAAAAUCAAUUUCCUCAUGGAAUUUUUAUUCACAAUAUAGAUUCAUUUAUUAACUUAAUGAAUGAAAGCCACUAGUGUGCACAUAUACAUAGCAAAUACUUUAUUUUACGGAUACAUUUUGGGGUAAUAUGAUGUCAAUAUUUUUAUGCUUAAACUAGGCUAAUGCUAGUGUGUGACCUUGUAAUCAUGCAUGUAAGAAUAGUAAAUUGGAAUAACUAGAUUAAGGAUUUGGGUUUUAAGUAUUGUUCCAAGGUUGAGAUAUUUCUUAGUAAGUCUUGCACUAAAAGCUUACUAGUCACAAAACACAUACUUUUUUGAACAAGGUUAAAUUUAGAAUAUAAAUUUAUGACCUAUCUAGCUCACGUAUUACAUAAUUUCUUGUUAGAAAAUGUAUGACACUUCACCAGUUCUGAAUCAUUUUAAGUUGUUGACUAUUGUUUUGGACACUACUUCAUGAAAAAAAUAUUAUUUUAUGUGAGCAACUAUGCUGGUUAUGCUUCUAAAUUGAGUUGGAUGAUAUAACUCUUCUCAAAUUUCUAUUUUUAUAAUGAUGAACAUUCAAAAUGAGUGACUUAUUUCUAUUAUCCUUCACAGUUUAAGGCUACUUGAUGCUAAAUCAUUGAAGGAAUUUCUUGUGAACCACACCUAUCGCUGUUUUGAAGAUGGUCUAACACUUGUCCAGGACAAGUAUCAAACAUUCUAUGAAGUACUUUCUAUAAAGAUGGACUACCCAGAGGAUUAUAGGAUUCCCACUAGUAGCAUGAACCUUCAGGCGAGCCCAUCAAUCCCCAUCCAAGGUGGCCAUCAAGUAAAAGCCUCUAAGACAUCAGGAGGUAUGCCCUAAGAACUCAUCUAUAGUCCUUCAAACCUUGAUGAAUGAAUGGCCUCAGUUUAUCAGAUCCAUCCCAUGGGACAAUGAACUUACCCUAGCCUACAGUGCUGGAGGUUUUCAAAGUCAAUCCACAAACUACUAUUUAUUUGACUCACAUUCUUCUAGAAUUCUUGAUUUAAUGUCUUUUUGGCAUGUUUGGUAUUGCUGAUAUUGAUGCUAGGUCGUAUCAAACCAACACCAAGGAAGAGGAGAGGGCCUCAAAUCCAGAAGACUGGGGUCGCUGGUCAGGUUAGCACUUGUUUGUAUUGCAUGUUAAUCAUAUCCACAUUUUCAAACCUUUAACAUACAAAAAAUAUUUACAUAUUUUGUUUGUUGUUGGAAAGUAGUGCUAGAAGUCUAAAAAUCAAUAUGAAGUAGUAUUGAGAAAAGAUGAAACAUGUUAAUUGAAAGGGACCAAUUUUUUAUUAGUCUAAUCAUGUACUUUGAUUCAGAUUUAGUGCAUGUGAAUUAUAUGAUUGAAUAUAUAAAAUAGUAAAGUCAUCAAGUUGGUGAUAUAUAGAACAGCAACCAUAAUAUUACUAAACCUUACAAAUCAACACAUGUAGGGCAUGCUGAGAAGAAUAAGUUAUAGUUAUAUGCAUCUAUGAACUAAACCUAACCUUUCUCUUCAUACAUGAGAAGAUAAAGUUAGGAGUCAAAAAAUUAAUAAAAUCUAGGAAGCCCUUGAAACUUAAUGAAUACAUUUGUUACAAGGCAUAACUAUUGCGAGGAAGGAAUAAAUAAGACAUCAAAUUACAUUUCACUACACAUAUAGAAAUUCUCCAUGAAGAAAUUGACAAUGGGCCACAUCCUUUUAAGCAAAUACAAAAAAUAGUCCAAAGAAAAAUCUAUUGGACUGUCAAUCUGGUCAUUGUGAUAUGCGAUCCAAACUAUUUUUUCAAUAACAUAACUUUAUCAUGGUACUACUGAAAACUUAUUAUAAGCAUGUCCUUUAGCUCUUAAGGUUUUUUGGUUCAUAUUUGGCUCCCUUAUCCUAAACGAUUUCUCAUGCUGUGUAGUCAUUAUUAUGAAAAUACACCAAUUAAAAUCAUCUAGACUUUCCAUGAGUUGUGGGUGUUAUAGUCUGGUUAAGAUCAUAGUCUCUUUUGUUAAUAUGUGAUUAUCUACUUAUUCGAUUUUGUCUUCUCAAUAUGGAUUAUCAUAUAUAUAUAUAGAUAUAUUUCUUUGCUUUUAUAAUUUUUUGAUGUUUCAAAUUCUCUAAAAAUAUUCUUCUUAGGUCCAUAAUGGUGUGGAGCUCCAUGCUAUGGCUUCCAAUGCAUCGAUGACUGCACAUUAUUACAUGCAAAUGUGUUUAUUUUUCAUUUUUUUGCAGUUUUACAUUUUCGCACAUUCAUCCUUUUUAUUUAAUGAUGGUAGACAUUUCCAUUAAUUUCUCUACGAUAUAUAGAUGAGGGUUCACUUACAUUUUCUACAUUAACCUUUCCUAUUUAUGAUGUCUCAGAUUUUUAUUUGUUGUGAUAAAAGAAUGUUGAGCUUGUGAACAGUUUUAGAUCACUCACUAUACAACUCAUUGUGUACAUUUCAUCACAUUGAAUUAAGGCAAAUGCUACUGUAAUAUUUUGUUCAAAGUUACUAUUAUUUUUAUGCCACAAAAUCUUAUCGUUCAUUUUUCUGUAAAAAGUUCCUUUGAGAGCAUAAAAAUAAACAUGAAUGAGUGACAUUUACUAUAAUCGCAUCAAUUCAUUGGUCUGUGAUUAAAUUUUAGGCAUUGGAGCUUGUUAUUAGGUUACUAAUCAUAUAAUUGAGAACUGUAUCAAUAUUCAAUCUCUAAUACUCGUCUCUGCUUGUGGUGGAAGUUUUUUAAAGUUAUUCAACAUUGAGAGCAGGAGACUUCAUUGAGAAUCAGAAACCUGACGAACAAAAUUAUUUCUUGUUCAUGAUGAACCAGAGGGAGAGAAUCAAGCAGCUAACAUAUACGGAUAUUUCUCAGUACUUCCAUUUGCCUGCAACUGAAGCGGCUCAAAAGCUCCGAAUCUGCUCAACAGCUCUAAAAAAAGUUUCCAGGAAGUUUAACUUAAACCGUUGGCCACACCGCAAGGUAUCCAUCCUCGAUAUUUCAAUCAAUCUAUAUAUCUUUAUAUCUAUAUAUCUAUGAAUUUAUCGAUCCAUCAAUCUACCUAUCUAUCUACCUAUCUAUCUAUCAGUCUAUCUAUCUAUCUAUCCAUCUGUUUAUCUAUAUAUGUAUGUAUCUAUCUUCCUAUCUAUCUAUCUAUCUAUCUAUCUAUCUAUCCAUCUAUCUAUCUAUCUAUCUAUCUAUCUAUCUAUCUAUCUAUCUAUCUAUCUAUCUAUCUAUCAAUCUAUCUAUGUAUCUAUCUAUCUAUCUAUUUGUUUGUCUAUCUAUCUAUCUGUCUAUCCGUCUAUCUAUCUAUCUAUCUGUGUAUCUAGCUAUCUAUCUAUCUUAUAUCUAUCCAGAUAGCUAACCAUGCAUCCAUUAGCGAUAUAUUAACCUCUGUAUUUAUCUCUUUCCGCCAAUGUAUCUGAUUGGUCUCCAUCUAUCUAUAUAUCCUCUCUCCCAAUCCUCCCCCUCCCUUUUCUCUUCACUAUCCCAAAACGUCACCAAAUGCGCCAACUAUGUGCACAUCCAUUUAGUAUAUCUAUGUAGCAAGCUGACCAGUGACAUAUCAUUUUCCUUUCGUAAUACUUGUAGCAGAUAAAAGGACUCAAGACUUGGGGGCCUGUCUUAGAGACCGAGGUUACAAAAUGUCAAUGAGGACAAUCAUCCACAUUCAGAUCGGGCACAAGGAAUUUGAAAACAUCUAUGAAGUUCUUGUUUGAGAUCGAGCCAGGGAAGAAUACUGAAAUAAAUAAUAAAUGAUAAUAAUCAUAUGGUUAUCGUAUCAAACCAUAUCAGCUAGUACUUUUUUAUGGCACUUCAAAUUUGAACUGUGUUUUACCCUCCCAUCAACAAUGGUGACAGAGUUUCUUCUGAAUGCAAGAUAAAGUCACGACUUUAUCCCUUAUCUGAAAUCUACAUUGUGAUGUCUGGUUUGAUCUUCGUGGAAUGACAUCCAUUUGUCUUGCAGUUUAAAAUCUUUGUUUCACGCAAUAUGAAUGCAUGUUUUUGAAAAUCAUCAGAUCAUGUUAUGAAUAUUAUGAUGAUACAUCCGAAUACUAAAGAAACUAUCUUGUUUUUUCGGUCAACAGUGCAUUUACUUACGACGAGUAUAUAUGUUUUAAUCUUUCUGAUAAUGAUAUCGUUCGUCUGCGAAGAGCAGGAGCAGCUACCCUGUGGGGCAUGCGUUUCACGUUCGGGCUUCGGUAGUUGGUCAGUCUCGCCAUAGGAGUUAUCAAGCAAACAUAAAUUAGGUCAGGCAAAAUUUUAAUUUGAUUAGAUUCAAUUAGAGCCUCUUUAUCACUACGAUAUCAUUAUCAUUAUCAUAAUAUUAUAGGGAGUAAAUCGGUCCUGUUAAUAAAAUUGAAACAGGGAAGAAUCAACCAGCAUUUUCAUCAUCCUCCCUACGACCAUAAUCUUGUUGGGUGUGAAGUUACUGACAAGGAAACAGAUAUAAACUAUCAUCAUCAUCAUCACGAUCAUCGCAGUUUUGGUGGGAAUAUGGUGGAAAGAUUGAUUGGAGAAGAAACCCACAUAAUCUAUCAUAGUCAAGAUCAAAACUUGUGCCGAGGAUGAGAUCCAUCCAACCUGUAUCCUGACCUCUCCUCCCCUGAACUGCAGCCGGGGAAUGACAUCAUUGCCCAGUUCAUUUUCGGGCCAAAAGUGUUCAGGAUGUACGGGCGGAUCCGCAACGUCCACGCCCUCUCCUUCCUUUCCGACCUCAGGCUCGGUCACUACGCGAAAGGAUAUCCUUUCCCGGUGCAUGUUCACGGCCCAGGUGCGAACCAGAAGGCUCUCUCUGGCCUCCGCCUAUCCUUCCUCUUUAAACCACCUCUCUCGGCGGUGCAGCUCGCGGCGCCGGCAGCCUGGUGGUGGCCUAGUGGAUGCUGGGAUCGCCGAUAA